UGAAAGUGAGGGCAAGAAUGGUUUUGUAGCGAAAAUGCUGGCGCUGAGUCUGAAAAGGCUGGAGCAAAGCGUGAGGCUAGCAAGGAGGCUGGUACCAUAAACCAGAGGCUUUGUCUGGCCCCGCCUCUUCCUCCCACAGGAUCAGGCUCUAGCAAGUGCUGAUUUCACUCCUACGUGCUGUUUUGCCAGGGCUAUUUAUUAUCUCGCAGGCACAGGACAAGGUCCAGGCGGGCAGACGUUUCCAUUGCCAACUUUUCAAGGCCUCCCAACAGCUCUCUGGCCCCCAGAGAGCAGCGUGUCCAGAUCUUAAUCUGGGAGAGCACAGCCAUGGUGCUCUGGGUUCCGGUGCUGGGAGCCCUGCUGGUGGCCCUUGUGGGGUACCUGUGCCUGCCGGGGCUGCUCCGGCAGCGCAGGCCCCAGGAGCCCCCUCUGGAUAAAGGCUCUGUGCCCUGGCUGGGCCACGCCAUGGCGUUCCGGAGGAAUAUGUUUGAAUUCCUGAAGCACAUGCAGGCCAAGCAUGGGGACGUGUUCACAGUGCAGCUCGGGGGCCAGUACUUCACCUUUCUCAUGGACCCCCUCUCCUUUGGCCCCAUCCUCAAGGAUGUGAAGAGGAAACUAGACUUUGUGGAGUAUGCAGAAAAACUGGUGCUAAAAGUAUUUGGGUACCAGUCCGGGCCGGGAGACCACCGGAUGAUACACUCAGCCAGCACCAAGCACCUCAUGGGUGACGGUUUGGAGGAUCUCAACAAAACCAUGCGGGACUGCCUGUCCUUGGUCACACUGGGGCCCAUGGGCCAGCGCCCGGAUGCAAGGAGCUGGCAAGAGGAUGGCCUCUUUCACUUCUGCUACAGCGCCUUGUUCAAGGCUGGCUAUCUGAGCUUGUUUGGCUGCACGAAGGACACGGAGCAGGACCUGCUACAGGCAGAGGAGUUAUUUGUGCAGUUCCGCAAGUUUGACCGCCUGUUCCCCAGGUUUGUUUAUUCCUUGCUGUGGCCCCGGGAGUGGCUGGAAGUGGGCCGGCUCCAGCGCCUCUUUCACAAGACCCUCUCUGUGAAAGACAACCUGGAGAAGGACGGGAUAAGCAACUGGGUAGCCUACAUGCUUCAGUUUCUGAGGGAGCAGGGAGUCGCCCCGGCCAUGCAGGACAAGUUCAACUUCAUGAUGCUCUGGGCCUCGCAGGGGAACACGGGGCCUACCUCUUUCUGGGCCCUCUUGUUCCUCCUGAAGCACCCAGAAGCCAUGCAGGCAUUGAGAGCAGAGGCUGCCCAGGUCCUGGGGGAGGCCAGGCUGGAACCCGGGCAGUCUUUUGACUUGGAGGUUGAUGCCCUGCACCGCACCCCAGUGCUGGACAGCGUGAUGGAGGAGACACUGCGGCUGCGGGCAGCGCCCACCCUCCUCCGGGUGGUGAACGGCGACCAUACCCUACAGAUGGCCAGCGGGGAGAAGUACCAGCUCCGCAGCAGAGACAUCGUGGCCCUCUUCCCUUACCUCUCAGUGCACAUGGACCCUGACAUCCACCCCGAGCCCACCACCUUCAAGUACAACCGCUUCCUCAACCCCGAUGGCAGCCGAAAAGUGGACUUCUACAAGGCAGGCAAGAAGAUCCACCACUACACCAUGCCGUGGGGCUCGGGGGUCUCCAUGUGCCCCGGGAGGUUCUUGGCCCUGAGUGAGAUGAAGCUCUUCGUCCUGCUCAUGAUCACAUACUUCGACCUGGAGCUGGUGGACCCUGACACGCCUGUGCCGCCCGUGGACCCCCAGCGCUGGGGCUUUGGCACCACACAGCCCACCUACGACGUGGUCUUCCGAUACCGCCUGCGGUCUCCUGAGUGAGUGCGGCCAAGGGGGCCGCAAGACUGGCCAGAGGGGCACCCUGGGGGCCUCCCCCUGCUCUUGGCCCUCUGAAGCCCCAGACCCCUCCCAACUCCUGCUCCUGGUGGCUCCAUGGCACCCUUUCUCUACCUCUGUCCUGGCGGUCCUCCUUGCUCUCUGGCCUAGUUCUGGGCACCUCGCAGGCUCAUUCAUCAUUCUCUCUUUAAAACCCCGUCUCUGACUGUGCGUUCGGCAGAAUCCUCCUUUCCCAGGAAACCCCAGGGUGGGGACCGAGCAUCGGGGCAGCUCAGUUUGGGAGAUAACGUGCCUCGGCCGCACCUGCAACGCAGAAGCCGGUCAUCGCCAACAGCGCGGCAUCUCCCGACUGUGAGUCCCCACUGCCCCCCGACUUUAUAUUUUUCUCAAUCCUAUUCCACGUCUUCUGGAAGUUACAUUCUAAACACAGUGGUGCUCAGUAGCAAUAUAAGGCAAGCCACAUGGGUAAUUUUUAAUGAAUUUCUUAGUUGACAUGUUUUAAGGCAAAAGAAACAAGUAAAAUUCAUUUUUUAUAAUAUAGUUUAUUUACCCCCACAUAGCCAAAAUAUUAGCAUUUCAGCGGGUAAUCAAUAUACAAAAUAUUUUACAUUUCUUUUUCAGUGUUGCCUGCAAAAUCUGGUAUAUGCUUUUUUAAAAAUUUGAAUUUUCAGGAUGACAUUAGUUCAAAAAAUUAUAUAGGUUUCAGGUGUACAAUUCUAUAAUGCAUCCUCUGAAUCUUAUAUUGUGUGUUCAAAAAUCUGGCGUUGACUUUUGACCCCCGCAGCGUGUCUGGAUUCAAGCCAGCCACAUGCCCAGUGCUCAACAGCCCCGUGGGGCCAGGGGCAGCGCCACCCUAGGGGGCAGCAGGUCUAGAGAUACGCUGCUGUUCCUGGAGGAGCCAUUCAGGCGCGUCUCUCUGCCCCUCUCGGCCAGAGACCGCUUUCCAAAAGCACCUCUAAUGGGCACUACUUUAUUUUCUGGCUUCCCAUUCCCUUCAUUUAAGAUUUGCCUGA